AUGCUGAGUUCAGCGCAACUUUAUCUACUGCUGGCAAAUAUCUUCUUCCAACUUCACCUGGCUUCACACAUCUCCACUACCUCUUGCUUGACAAGCACAAGUCGAUCACCCCGCAUCAUGGGCCUCGCCGCCAGCAAGCUCCCACUGCCACACGGCGAAGAGAUCUUGCGCUCUGGUGCCUAUGCUGAUCUCGAGCUGCGCUGCGGAUCUCGACACUGGAUGGUGCACAAGAACGUCCUCUGUCCUCAAUCGGACUGGUUCAAAGCAGCCGGCGAUGGUCGUUUCAGGGAGACAGAAGAACGUGUCAUCAUCCUCCACGACGACAACCCGGAUGCAGUCGAAGCAAUGCUCUCCCACCUCUACACGAAAGACUACAGCGACGCAUUCUCCCUCCUCCAAAAGACGGCCUCAAAAUCUCGCCCCGCGACCUUCAACGUCCGUGUCUUUGCUCUCGGCGAGAAGUAA